UCUCAGCCUUUGUCUCUCUGGUUCCCAGCCAACAAAGAAAGACCACGGCGAGUCGGCGACGGUACACGGAACCAAUCGCAUGGGCCUCCUCGACCAGCUCUCGGACGACACGGUCGCCGGCCCGCGGCCGGACCACGGUCUCGGCAGGCUCCGAAAGUACUCCUCCUUUUCGCCCUCCUCGUCAGCCGCGCCGACCACGGACGUCCAGCCGACGGUGACCCGCAGCAUCAGCAUCUCCCGGCCGCCGUCUCUCUCACCCCCGUCCGGCGAGUCGACUUCCUUGCCGUCCUCCCCGGCCAGUGCGCCGGACUCUCCGUUCGCAGCAGGUAGCAGUAGCACGCCGAGGGUGGACGGCUGGAGGGCGUUCCGCCGGAAAUCCAAGAUGGCCAACGUCGACGUCGUCCGGGAGGAGGCGACCGUCGGGCCCAGGAGCCCCAUUGUGUACGACUGGUACGAUUUAAACGUCACCUUCACUCUCACUCCAUGCUCCUUGCACCAUACCAAUUGUUAG